AUGUGCACCCACGUCAUGAACCACUGGCAGGGAUGCCACCACAAGGCAUAUCUCUACACCGAAACCUGCGCCGCAGCCCAACGCCGGGGCGGCCGCGAAGUCACGGGACGCUUCAUCUGUUCACGAGGCGACGCCAACAGGACAGCCGUCCAGUUCGGCGACCGCCAUAUACCAACCUGGAUGAGGGGAUGCCGGCACCGGGUGGAGAUGCAGCCCGCUGGUGGACUCCCGGAUUGCUGCGAGGAUUGUACGAGGAUUCACGAGCUUUAUGCCUCGAUCGAUGCGGAUAUGGCGGCGGAUUUUGCAGAUAUGGAGAGUUAG